AUGGGUCGAACUUUGCCCGCACCGGUAUCGUGCAAAGUAUGCGGCGAUCGUUCUUACGGUAAACAUUAUGGCGUUUAUUGCUGCGAUGGAUGUUCGUGCUUUUUCAAAAGAUCCGUACGUCGCGGUGUACUUUAUACUUGCAUAGCUGGAACCGGAAGCUGCGCCGUAGACAAAGCGAGAAGAAAUUGGUGUCCCCAUUGUCGUUUGAAAAAAUGUUUCGCGGUUCAUAUGAACAUCGCAGGUAAGCACUCUGUCGUACAUGCAUCGUAUCUAUUGCAAAGUAUAAGUAUAUGUAUACAAUACGGACCUGAAUGAAACACGAAAGUCGAAAAAAGAAAAUCAAAAAAAAAUUACAAUCACAUUUCGCGAGGAAAUAAAAACCAAUCAGAAUCAAAAUUUAUGGAUUUGGGAAUACAUACCAGAUUGAUGACUUUAUAAACGUGAAUAUAUGGAUAUUAUACACACAGACUAAACUGUACAUAAGUAUGUUUUCCUUUUCUUUGCUUACAACUUUACUCGUGUGCAUGUAUAUAAAAUGCAGUCGAAACGAGAUACAAAUAUGCACACGUGCCGACACGUGUACAAAUAACGCAACACAAGUGUCACGACAAAUCCCUAAUUGACAGGCAUGAUCCGACGAAAAAAUCACACAUAUGUAUAUUAUAUAUAACUAUGACGUUGACGUGCAAAGAAAAUAAAUAAUCUAACAAAAAUAAACAAAUUUAAAAUUUUUUUUUUUUUUUUUUCUAAAAAAUCAGCAAGUCUACCAAAAACGAAAUAAUAAAAAUGCACGCUAAACUGAACUUGAGUCUGAUUCCUCCGAUAAAAGUAGAUAAGUUUACCUACCUUUUUUGCAUCAAAAAUAUAAUGAUAAUAAUUAUUAUUGCAUAAGACUUUUGAAAAUGUACGUAUACGCAUAUCAGGUGUAUAUGCGAUAAUAUUAAUGAUCUUUCAUCAUGUGUAUAUAUAUAAAUUUGAUUAUUUUCUGAUGCUAUACAUCAAAUAACAUACAUACAUAUAAAUAUGUAUACAUAUAGGUACUUGAACAUUUGCUCGAACCCACGCGAUCAUGCUUGGUGUUGGGGUUAUAGGGUGUGGUGUUAAGGGUGUUAAGGCGCAGUUGGACAUUAUAAUACAAAAGUGUAGAGGUAACAAAGCACUGACAGCUCAACGGGUUUCGAGGUAUAUAACGCGUUGUCACACGUAACGACAAUCAAAUCACUCGCGUUGAUGGUCUUACGUGUCGUUUGCUCACACUACACCUUCUAUACGCAGUUUACCCUUAUUCACAACCCCGUACAUAAAGCUGAACCCACACCCGAUAAGUGACGGGCGAAUCAAAAGCGAAAAUGAAAUAUUUAUUCAUUAAUUAUUUUCUUCAGAUUAUUUGUUCAUUGAAUUAUUUUUCGAGCGAAGAAAUUUCAAUCCAUAUACAGCUGGUAGCUAAACGUGAACGUGAGCCCUUGAUAAUUUUCAUUCUUCAUCGUAUCUUGGAAUUUAUCACACUACCAUAGAUAUUCUAUCGAUUUUUAACGUGUGAACGUAGCUUUAGGAUAUUCGAAUUAUUUGACGUGGUUAACCCCAUUCGAUGAUAUAUCACCGCGUAUAUACGUGUACAAUUCACGUUCGAGCGGCAAUAAUAUCGUUUAA